AUGGAAUGGAUGAAUCUGACUAUUCUGCAGCGCAGAGAGGAAUGUUGGAUGAGCUGGACCAAAAAAGGGAAAAGUGUGUUCGUUUUGUUGGGCUUUUGGGACGAAAAUGAUACCUCCGACUGGCGUAUUCUGCCCGCGUCUCUCGCACACUGUUAUUUAUACUGGCUUCAGAAGAAACUUCACGAGCUCAUGCCAGCUAAGCAUCCGAAAAGAGAAUACUUCUGCCCCGAGUCAUUCGGGCUUAGGCUUAUAGCCGAUUGGGAGAAUACUCUUCUGCGCGGCUUUCUCCGGUGGGCCGUCGUGCAAGCUCACAAGCCCUCAAGCGCCGUCCAUUCUCUCCUGCAGAUGCAUUCUUCCGACGAUGCAGCGAAGUAUGUGGUUCCCAAGCCCAAGGGUGAUAUUAAGGUGGUCCUUGUUCGCGUCACAGACUUGCCCGAGUUGCUGGAUCAUUGGGACCAGCGUGUUGUUUCUGGCCCAGCCGAGGAGGAAAUGCUCGAAGUAUGCAGGUCUAACAAGCCAAAUUUUCGCAGGUCUAUAUUUCAAGGGCUUUUUGUUCUGGCGUGGAAGGUCCCGGGAGACUAUGGGGAUAUGUGGAUGGACGGUCAGGGCUUUGCUAUUCCUGAUGUUCCUGAGUCGAUCUAG